CAUCUGGCUUCGACGAGCCCUUCAAGCAUUUAAGGACGGGUCCUCUCCCCUCUGGUCUGGAAGAGUCUAUCUCUGUCCUCCUCAAUCCAUCGAUCAUCUGCAAUUGAACUCUUGUAUCAACUUCCAAAGACAGAAAGUUUGGGAGAAAACGAACGAGCAAGCAAACUUCACGCUCAACCUUACACGCACACAAUGCCUUCCCACACCACCAACUUCGACGUCCCCCGCCCCAAGAGCAGCCGCGCCGGCUCCGACGCCAGCUCCUCCAUCUCCACAGACUCCUUCACCACCAGAAGGGCUGUUUCGACGGACUCCCCGCGCCCGUCCAAGCGCAAGUCCUCGAACUCACAGACUGUCAACGUCUACACUCACUGCGGUCGUCACAGCUCCCAGUUCCUGUUCGGCGGCCGCUCGUUCAGCGACAUGGCCCGCCACAUCUUCAAGCGGGACUAAGUCGGCGGUUUUGUUUCUUGUUUGUCGCGUUUGUGUGCGUGGUGCGUGUGUAAGUGUUGUCCUAGG